UUUCUUUGCUGUAAAUAUCGGCCGAUGUCCACGAUAGAGUGCUGGCUGAAACAGCCUAGUGAGACAAAACAUUAUAAACUCUACUGCUCGUAUCUAUUAGGAGUUGUUUUGUCAAGUUGACCAAGUGAUCGCACUAGGACUCAGGUCUAUAGAGUAUCAACUUCAGCUUCAACUGGGAUUGCACGGAAAACUAAAAAAAAAAUGUCUUCUUUUGCACCUACAUCAUCUAAUGGACAGGUUUCUACAAAGGAAAGUUACAAAGAGUUUGAUAAGGAAAAUGCAGAAUUUUUCAAAGGAGUUGUCAAUAUUCCCUUCAAACCAGAUGCAGGACCAACAGAAUCACUUGUCUAUAAACACUAUAAUGCAAAAGAGGUUGUACUUGGAAAAACCAUGGAAGAAUGGCUGAGAUUUUCUGUUUGUUUCUGGCACACUUUUAGGGGAACAGGAGCUGAUCCUUUUGGGUUUCCAACACUAGAUCGUCCUUGGGAUGAUGGGAGUAAUAGUUUAGAUAAUGCCAAGAGAAGACUAAGAGCUGCCUUUGAAUUCUUUACAAAACUUGGGGUCAAGUAUUGGACUUUUCAUGACAGAGACAUUGCUCCUGAAGGAAAAGAUUUAGCUGAAUCAAAUAAAAACCUGGAUGAAAUUGUGGAGUUAGCAGCAGAACUACAAAAGCAGACAGGAGUUAAGCUUCUUUGGGCAACAUGCAACUUGUUUUCACAUCCCAGGUAUAUGAAUGGAGCAAGCACUAAUCCAGAUGCCCAUGUUUUUGCAUACGCUGCAGCUCAGGUGAAAAAAGGCCUUGAUGUUGCACUGAAACUAGGAGCGGAAAAUUAUGUUUUUUGGGGAGGUAGAGAAGGUUUCCACUCUUUGCUGAAUACCAAUGUAAGAAGUGAAUUGGAUCACAUGGCUACAUUUUUCCGUUUAGCCAUUGCUUACAAGAAAAAGAUUGGUUUUAAAGGUGUCUUUCUGAUUGAACCAAAGCCAAAGGAGCCAUCCAAACAUCAAUAUGAUUAUGAUGCAAUGACGGUCAUUGGUUUCUUGAGAACCUAUGGAUUAGCUAAUGAAAUCAAGCUUAAUAUUGAACCUAAUCAUACAACAUUGGCUGGCCAUGCUUAUGAACAUGACAUAGUUAUGGCUUCAGCCUUUAAUAUGCUUGGUUCAGUUGAUGCUAAUACAGGCUCACCAGAUUUAGGCUGGGACACAGAUCAGUUUCCAAUGGAUAUAAAAAAUGCAACCCUUCUUAUGCAGGUCAUAUUAAAACAAGGUGGUCUACAACCUGGAGGCUUGAAUUUUGACUGUAAAGUGAGGCGUGAGUCUACUGAACUCAAGGACAUGUUUAUUGCCCAUAUUGGAGCUAUGGACACUUUUGCCAGAGGCUUGAAAUUGGCAGCCAGAAUACAAGAGGAUAACAUUUUAAGUCAAGCUGUUGAAGAACGUUACAGUAGUUAUAAAUCAGGUAUUGGAGCACAAAUUGAAGCUGGGACCACAAGUUUAGAACAGCUUGAGGAAUUCAUCUUAAGCAAUGGUGAACCAGCACGAAUCUCUGGCCAGCAAGAGCAUUAUGAAAGUAUUCUGAACUACUAUAUUUAAAGCCACAUAGUCCAGAAAAAUGGUUAUAACUAAGAUUAAGUACAAACAUAAUUAUUGAAAAAAAAAAAAAAAAAAAGAUUGUAUUAUUAUUUCCCCCUGCCCCUGUAUUUAAAAACAAAUUGGCCAUUAUUUUUUUUAUUAAAUACUUUUUGUUUUGAACAAUUUAUGAAUUUUUUCACAGCAUGAAAUUAGAAAUGAACGUUUUCUGUGUUUCCAUUUCUGUUUCCUCUAGCCAUUACUAAAAUUCUGAAGUGUAAUAUUUUGUGAAUACUAGAGGCAUAAACUUUCUCAUUUUAAGUUGUAUCAAACUUCAUCUAAAACACUAAAUCAUAUCAAUUGCAUUUUUUAUUGACAAUUGUCCCAAAUAUUAAUUCAGAAAUAUUUUAAGGCAGCAAAUAAUAUACAAUAUACAUCAUCUAUAAAAUAUAAAGCACAAUUUAAUAAACGAUACAUUCUAGAUUCCUGUAUGUUGUGUGCAAUUAGAUGCAAAAGCAACACAUUCAAAAGAAAUCUAAAGAUUAUGAUGUUUUGGUAUAAACUUAACAUUCAUUUUGAGAUUUUGUUUAGUCUUAAUAAUAAAUCAAUACAUUCAGAACAUAAUUAUCCUUCAAAACAUUCCAAUUUCUUGAUUAAAGAUAAGCAUGAAUUCUUUUGAAACAGUUCCUGAACAAAUACAUGGUGACUAUGAUAAGUACAAACACCAAAAAAAAAAAAACUUCAUGGAUUUAAGACAAUGGGUCAUGGUGGCUGAGCAGUAAAGACAGAGAGCAGUCUUGAGUUCUAAUCCCAGUACAGACUGGGACUUGAUUCUGAAUUUUUAAGAUGCCCCAACUCUAAUGAACAUCUGACUUGCAUUGGAGAAAUAAAGGUAAUUGGUCUUUGUGCUGGCCAUGUGAAACCAUCCUUAACCAUCAGCCCUAGAAACAGAUGAGCUUUACAUAAUCUGCUCCCAUAGACAGCAUUGUGUGAAAGAGGAUCUGAAGUGAUUACUAAACCUUCAAACCAAGCAAAAAUAAUCCACCUUUAAGUCAUACUCAUUAUUAGAAGGAUAGUGCCACAAUACACAUUUGAUACUAAGGACUUACUCAACAAAAGAAUACCUUGAGAGGAAUUUAAAAGAUUCAUUUAUUUAUCAUAACGCCUGCUUUCAAAAUUUGAAUUUAUUUAUAUCCAAUGCUCAUGGUACAAAAACAACAACUAUUAACCACAGAAAUUCAUACAAUGUUUUCAUUCUAAAUGUUUUUGUUCAUUUUUGUUUAUGACUUCUGGGAAACUAAUGCUGACAUCCCAACAUCCUUUCUUAUAGAAAAAUGCACUCUCAUUCUCUUUUUGUUUGAAUCAAAUCAAACACUUCAUGAGUAACUUAUAUUUACGUUAGUAAUACUUUUCAAUAGUAUAGAGUAAAGUCGCUAUAUAGAUAUAGACAUCAAGAUCUAGUAGAAACUUUUAUUUUAUCUAGACUAAAUCUGGAGAAAACAAUAUUCUUAAAUUUCUCAUUCAGAAUUACCAAAAAUUGGUGAUUGACAACAUAUUAAACUCUCUUUGUAUAUCUGAAAUAUUAACAUUAUCUUUUUAUAACCAGAUCUGAAAAAAAAAAAAUAGUUUUCAUUUUAUUUUUGUAAAAUUUACUUAGCAUGUAAAGAAUGAAAGAAUUUGCAAUUCAUUGAGACAAAAUCUUUUUUUUUUCAAUGCAAACAAUAUCACCAGGAUAAUUGGGUAAACAAAACCAAUAGAACAAAAGCAACAAAUAUAUAGAGCAUUAGGUAAAAGAAAACCCUACAAUUUGAAAUAUGAUAGUCUUAGAACUUCUUUUAAAGUAAUAAUCAUUGGGAAUGAAAAUACUCUACUUUUGGAUAAAUAAAUCUGUUCCAUUAACAAUUACAAUACAAAGAUAAAAAUGAAAAAAAAAAAGAAAAACAUUUUAAAUGCUUUUUGCCAUGAAAUCUUUCACAUAAAUUGAUUUGUACACUUUAUUUAAAACAACAAAACUAAUAUCUGAAGAAUAAAUGCUUAAUUGUUACAACAUAAUGGCCUUCAUUACACAAGUAAAUUCUCAGUUUAUGAGUAUAGAACAAAACAUAAAUGUAAUGAUAAUAGCUAAUAUGGCACAUCAAUAAGUUUGUUAAGAUUUUAUUUUGAAAUAUAACCUAUGGAGUAACAAAACAAUAUUUCUUUUUAUUUUACAACAAAAAAGUGAAAGAUAAUUCUGUUAGACAACAAAUAAAUACUGCCAAUUAACAUUUUCUCCAAUGGAGUUUCAUUAACUAUAUGCAAAAUAAUUUAAUGACACAAUUACAAAAGUUAUGUCUGUAAAGACAAAUCCUUCAAAAUAAGUCUGAAUAUAAACAUGGAAGAUUUUACCUGUGUCAAAAAAAGUAUUCAAAGUAAUGUAAAUAUAUUUCACCAGCAGUCCAUUCUUGUUCUCUACAGUGUCAUGAGAUUCAAAGGGCUACUGCAGCUUUCCUCACUAUAAAAAAAAAGCAUUUUGUUUACUUCUCAAGUGACACAUGGGCAGCAAAAGACUGAUGUGUUCAGGCUGUUUAACAUUGUGGACUAAGCAAUGCCUUAAAAGGCAUUGAAGAGAGAGAAGCUGUGAACAAAUGAACUUCUGAUUUUAUCUAAUACAGCAAAAUAUUUGGUUCUUAUGUUUUUGUAUCUUAAUUCCAAGUAUUUCAAACACAUACAAAUCAACUGUUAUAAAACUUGUAUAAUCAAUAAACAGAUCUCUAAUCAAUAAUACAAUAGCAAGGUUUUCAUGUUUGCCUGGCUUUUGUUUCAAGACACCUUACUUUGGAAAAUAAUGAGUGCUGCCAAAAAAAUUCCCAAUAAACCAGUGUGUGUGUAUUUUAGUUAAUCAUUGAAGUCUGUUCCAAAGUAGCGAUCCCCAAAAUUACCUGAAAGAAAUAUUAAUUUCAAAGUCACAAAUAAAGAUACUACAAAAAAAUUGUUUUAAAAAAAGUGAAAUUGUUUAUAUUUAGCAUAUGUAUAUUGUAUUAAUGUACCCAGCCUUACAAGAACAAACCUGUCUGCCAGAAAAAAAGGUUCAAAGAUGUAACACUGAUUGUCUAUAAUUGUAGAUCUUGUCUAUCUUUUGCACAGACUUUAUUGCAUUUCAUGGGACCAUUCACAGAAAUUUUUCCUAAGUUUUUGCUGUAGUUUUACUAUCACAUUGAUCAUGCAAUAAUGCACUAGUUCAGAAGGUUUUAAAAGCUUAUGUAGUGUUGUUUAAAUAAAUAAACAUUUGACAGAAAUCAAAUACA